CAGCAAAGGUAAAACAGACUGUAAACAUAGCGGAGCUGGGUUGCGUCAAUAACAUUUUACUAAAAGUAUUUUUGUAACUGACCGCUUUACAGAUUAUUCAAACGUAAAUGGACACGCAGUCGUAUUUUCCCGUACCGCCUGGGGUGGGUAUGGAGGAGAAUUUCCUGUCUUUGGACGAUAUUUUGCUCUCUCAUGAGAGACUUCCUAUCCGGACAGAGUGCACUUUCCCUCGGCUUGGCUUUCUGGAGAAGUCGAGUGACACGCAGGACAUCCCGGAGACAUUUAUCGCUCGCUUCAGGCGGACCAUGGACUCCUCGCAGAACGCCUACAACGAGGACACGUCAGCGUUCGUGGAGCGUCUGGACUGUCUGGAGAAGGCUCUAUUCAGGUCUGGCCAGAGCGGCCUAAACGGCUUCCAGAGCUGGGAGAAGGGGCAGGCCUCGCAGCUCACCGCCUCCAGCCUGGUUCUCAACUACCGCAAGAGGAAAAUCACUGAUGUUCAGCCCUAGCCCUGCUCGCCCGCAGGAGACUCUUUUUAGUGCCGUCUUUGUCCACGGACCGCUUCUUCCCCUCAGCCUGAGCCAUGCAGGAAGUGUUGAGA